AGGAGGAGGACGGGGAGAGAAGAGGAAGGAGGCUCCGGGAGCAAGCGAGACAAAAAGGCUCAGGCCUGGGACUGGGAAAAAAGGGUAACGAACACAGAGCGAUUGAAUGCGUUUAGAGCCGUUGAAGCCGGUACCGGUAGAAGCGCACAGGAAGGAACCUCUGCUAUCAGGACAAAAAAAGCACACACAAAAAAAAACAACCAAAAAAAAAAAAAAAAAAAAAAACCAAAAAGCUGAAAGCCCUUAGAGCGGAAGGCAGUCGAUGGAACCGGGGACCUAGUGUAGUGGCUGUGCUUUUGCAGAGGUGCUGCUGCAGAUGGGAUGUGCACUUGAACUUGACCGAAUUUUCACAGAGGAACCGGAUCACGCCGUCAGAGCACCGGCCUCAUUCACCACUAACGGCACUGGUGCUCCAGUGGCUGUGGCCUGUAGCAGAGCCCAGUGCCCUGGUCACCCUGCAGACACCCCCUGCUGCAAACACAUGCAAAAACUGCACAUUUUCAGCGCACACACCGUCUCAGUCAUCCAUGGAGUGAGUGGAUGGGAUCUGUGCAGAGUGUGGAGGGGGUGCAGAGCUGGGAUGGGCAUGGACAUGCGCGGACAACACCGCCUGUGGCCGGGGACACAAGCCGGGAUUCUGUGGAUGUUCUGCUUGUUGGUGCAGUUCUUUAGCAGGACUGGACUGCAGCAGCCUCUGCAGAACUGAAGCAGAAGCCACUGUCAGGAACCGUGCCUCAGCCCUUCCAUACAAUGAACUGAUAGAGCAACACAUGAACAGAUAUGUGCACAGUGUUUUUUGUCAGUGCAGCAGUGGAAGUGGCUGUGGUGUGUGCGCAUGUCUGUCUGACUGCUGGAGGAACUUUAACCCACACUCUGAGGGUGAAAAAGCCACAUGAAUUAUUGAAAGAUCUACUUCAAACUGCAUGAUCAUCACUCAGAUUUUGUGCAGCUUUUUGGAGAAGUUGUGUGCACAAUAGCGGAUAUUUAAGGUGGACUUGUAUGCAGCUGCACAGCCAUGCACACAUGUGGUGUCCACAGACAGACCCUAUAGGCGGUAGUAGGAACACACAGUAUCCUAUAGAAGAGCUUCUAUAUGUGACGUGGUCUGUGCAGUGGCCCAGCUUCAUGCUCACAUAAUGCCUGUUCACCAAAGACAAACCGAAAGUCAUUUUGUGGAUGUGACAGAUUUCAACUCUUUUACAGCAUGAAGUUUGCAGACUGAUGUCAAAUCACAAUCACAGUAGAAAUGAUGUUGCUCCCACGCUGAUUCUGUUUUUCUUUUUCUGAUCUUUCAGGAGAGAGAAGAGGAUUCAUCUCUCAUUUCUGUUUUUUAUUUUUUUUAAAUUUAUUUUAACUUUAUUUUUCAUAUGAAACAUCUCCCAAGCUGCACAUCACCCAUCGCAGACAUAACCCCUAAGGUCAUAAGACACUCAACAAUGCCGUCCAACACUGUCACCAACGCCACCAGCCCUGCAUUCAAAAGCUCCGACUAUGCUGAACCACAGGGAAACAGAAUGGGUGAGAGCACAAUACUGGACAUGGACCUGAUGACAGAGGAGAAGUCACCUAAAAGUAGUGCCUCUUGUAAAGUUGGCAAGGUUGGAAGAAAGCGCAAACAAUUUCCAGUGGAGAGCUGUUGCUCUCUCAGAGAUGGUGUGGGAGUGGGCAACAGCUACACUGGGAUCAGUAGGCCGUCCAUGGCACAGGUCCACAACGGAGACAUGGGCGGGCACAGAGACCGGACGUCUGAGGCCAGCUUCCCCAAACAGGAGAAGAGGGAAGUGGAGAACAGGAUCCCCAGAGAGCCUUCCACCUACUGGGCAGAGGACGGCUCCCAGGGUCAGAGCCUGAACCCUUCCCAUAAGAACGGAUUCCUUCCCAGUCAGGAAGAGCAGGACUCUGAGAAAGACAAGGACGGCAGCCUGACGCCACCGCGCAAGAAACGAGGGAGGCGGAAACUGGAGCGCCCGACCAAAUAUGUGGAGCACAAGGAGGAGGAUGGGGGAGAUGCAGUCAAGACCGAGGGAGGUCGAGGGAGGCUGCGAGGGGGAGUUGGUUGGGAGAUCAGCCUUCGUCAGAGGCCCAUGCCCAGAAUAACCUUCCAGGCUGGUGACCCUUAUUACAUUAGCAAGCGGACCAGAGAGGAGUGGCUGGCCAAGUGGAAGAUGGAGGCAGAGAAAAAAGCCAAACUGAUGUCAGCAAUGAAUGCCAUGAAAGAUCAUGAGGAGAAGGAGCCAGUGACCCAGAGAGAAGAGGUCUUCAUAAUCAAACACCCGCUGCCUUCGAAACAGCAGCAGCAGCAGCAGCCGCCGCUACUGCCGCCGCCGCCACCGCCUCAGCAACAGUCGCACACUCAGUCUCAGCCACAGCCUCAGUACAAACAGCAGUCACAGCCACCUCAGCAGCUGCAACAUCAGCAGCCGCCUCAGCCACCUCAGCCACCACAGCAACAACAGCAACAGCAACAACAGCAACAGCAACAGCAGCAGCAGCAGCAGCCCACUGACCCGGCCUCCCCCACGGUGGCUACGACCCCUGAGCCCGUGGCCAUCGGAGGUGGAGACAAGACGUCCCCAAAGCCUGCAGACACAGAGCCUGAAUAUGAGGACGGCCGUGGUUUUGGCAUCGGCGAGCUGGUUUGGGGGAAGCUGCGAGGGUUCUCGUGGUGGCCAGGCCGCAUCGUAUCAUGGUGGAUGACGGGACGGAGCAGAGCUGCCGAGGGAACUAGAUGGGUCAUGUGGUUUGGAGAUGGAAAAUUCUCAGUGGUCUGUGUAGAGAAACUCAUGCCUUUGAGUUGCUUUAACAAUGCCUUUCACCAACCAACUUACAACAAGCAACCCAUGUACAAGAAAGCCAUCUACGAGGUGCUACAGGUGGCCAGCAGCCGAGCGGGCAAAGCCUUCAUGACCUGCCCCGUCAGUGACGAGACAGAGACCUCCAAAUCAGUGGAAAUGUUGAACAAGCAGAUGAUUGACUGGGCUAUGGCAGGAUUUCAACCCACUGGACCCAAGGGCUUGGAGCCACCAGAGGAGGAGCGUAACCCAUACAAAGAGGUUUAUCCCGAGAUGUGGGUGGAGCCUGAAGCAGCGGCCUACACGCCUCCUCCGGCCAAAAAGCCUCGCAAAAGCACAGCAGAAAAACCCAAGGUCAAAGACAUUAUCGACGAGAGGACACGAGAGCGCCUUGUUUAUGAAGUGAGACAAAAGUGCCGCAGCAUCGAGGACAUCUGUAUCUCCUGUGGAAGUCUGAAUGUUUGCCUAGAGCACCCGCUUUUUGCUGGAGGAAUGUGCCAGAGCUGCAAGAACUGCUUUCUAGAAUGUGCAUAUCAGUAUGAUGAUGAUGGGUAUCAGUCAUACUGCACUAUCUGUUGUGGAGGACGAGAGGUGCUGAUGUGUGGAAACAACAACUGCUGUCGGUGUUUCUGUGUGGAGUGUGUGGAUCUCCUAGUGGGUCCAGGAGCGGCCCACGCUGCCAUCAAAGAGGACCCGUGGAACUGCUACACGUGCUGCCAAAAGGGGGUGUCUGGUCUGCUGGAGCGGCGCGCUGACUGGCCUAGCCGUCUGCAGCACUUCUUUGCAAAUAAUCACGACCAAGAUUUUGAUCCACCAAAGCUAUAUCCCCCAGUUAUAGCGGAGAAGAGGAAACCCAUUCGUGUCUUGUCGCUAUUUGAUGGCAUAGCAACAGGACUGCUUGUGCUGAAAGAACUUGGCAUCCAGGUGGAUCGCUACGUAGCUUCUGAAGUGUGUGAAGACUCCAUUACGGUGGGGAUUGUCCGGCACCAGGGUCGCAUCAUGUAUGUUGGUGAUGUGAGGAACGUCACUCGCAAACAUAUACAGGAGUGGGGUCCUUUUGACCUAAUUAUUGGUGGGAGUCCAUGCAAUGACCUUUCUAUAGUCAAUCCUGCUAGAAAAGGUCUUUAUGAGGGCACCGGCCGUCUGUUCUUCGAGUUUUACAGGCUGCUUCACGAGGCCCGGCCCAAGGAGGGCGACAACCGGCCUUUCUUCUGGCUCUUUGAAAAUGUGGUUGCCAUGGGUGUGAGCGAUAAGAGGGACAUAUCUCGCUUUUUAGAGUGCAACCCAGUGAUGAUCGACGCUAAGGAGGUGUCUGCUGCCCACCGUGCCCGCUACUUCUGGGGGAACCUUCCUGGCAUGAACAGGCCUCUGUCUGCCAUGUGCACUGACAAGUUGGACCUGCAAGACUGUUUGGAACAUGGUCGAACAGCCAAGUUUGACAAGGUGAGGACCAUCACCACUAGGUCUAACUCCAUCAAGCAGGGCAAGGACCAGCAUUUCCCUGUCUACAUGAAUGAAAAGGAGGAUAUACUGUGGUGCACUGAGAUGGAGCGGGUCUUUGGCUUCCCGGUCCACUACACAGACGUCUCCAACAUGAGCCGGCUGGCGAGGCAGAGGCUCCUGGGCAGGUCAUGGAGCGUCCCCGUUAUCCGCCACCUGUUUGCACCACUCAAAGAAUACUUUGCCUGUGUUUGAGCAGUGAAGGAAAACCUGCUCAGAACCAUUUAGGAACCACAACUCUAUGUUGUGACUAGAAAUAAGAGCCUUGAUCCUCAAAUUAUACGUUUGUAUAAUUUGCAAGCAUAAACAACAUUGACGUAGACUUCACAUUAUUUCUUGUAUUUGAAUUGUAAUUCUUAUUUUAUUUAAUUUUGAUAUGCCAUUUUACCUUUUAGCAGUGUUAUCAAGUAUUGUUGAUUUGUUUGUGCAAGCUAUACUUGAGACUAUGCUUUCUUCUCAAGACAAUGAGACAGAAAAGUGCUAAACGUCUGUUUUCAAGAACACGGCAAUGCGAUGGGAAGGAGUGGAAAGAGAAGCGGUGGAGUCAAAUGUUUCUGCUGUGUGUAAGCGCGCCACGUCAUUCAGGCUCAGGCGAGACUCAAACCUGGGCUGCGGCCACGCUUCCGCUUACUGAGCCUCACAGAGAGUGGAGAGAGCUGUGUCUGAGAAUCCAAAACACCAGAUCACAUAUACCUCUUUGUUUACAGUUUCUAUAUACACAACUGAAGGUAAUAAAGGUACUACUGUAAUAUGGUUCCAAUACCAUGGUGCUCCAAGAUGAUGAGAAACAUCAUAACCCAUGUGGCACUUCAAAUACACAAUAAAUAACAGAGCUUUUUGAAGCUGUUGCUGGAAAAACUUGUGUUUGAUGUUUUUACACUUAAUGGGGAAAAAAGACUGUGCUGUUUGGUUCACUUCAGAGGUAGGAGUGACUUACUGGAUCCUCCUCAUCCUUACCAUCCUCAUCUUUUCUGCCUUUUUCAGCUUUUAUACCGUUUGUACUGGUGCUCAUUUUAUGCUUACUGACCUACACACAGGCGUCACCGCCUGGACCUGCACAAAAACAGAAAUAUGAAGCCACAUGGGAAAUGAUGUUUUCUGUUAUUUGAAAAAGAAAAAAAAAAAACUAAGAUCAAAAGUCUGUGGUGAACUACUUUUUUAUAGUUUCAUCCUGACCAAUGACAUUACUGUACAACUGUUAGGUAAGUGUGGUGAGUGCGAGGGAGGGUGGGUGGGUGACCAAGACUGGGCGUUAAAGCCUCUCUCUUCAACUCCCACUCUCUCUCGAAACAUGAAAAAAAAAAAAAAAAAACUGUCAGGUGCAAAUCCUCAACAAUAUGGUGCGGCUUCACAAAGUUCUUCUACCUUUUUAUAGCAAUUUUGUGCUGUUUUAUCAACAUUAUAAAGCACUUUUAUAUGUAUACUUUCUUUUUUUUCUUGAUAUUUUUUUUAAUAUUGGUUCUUGUGAAUUGUUUUGUUUGUUUGGUUUUAUGAUGUGAACUGAUCUACCCUCGUGUAAUACUUUUUGUAUACAGUAGGGCUGUGCCAAUAGAAGUGAACGAAUGGAUAAUUUGAAUAUGUGAAACUCAUGUAUUUGACUCAGUGUACAGUAGAUGGAUUGACAUUUGUAACCCCCCCCCACCCCCUCCACCCAAGGCCCUUUCCCCUUCAUCCAUCGUCCAUAUUGUUCUCUGUUUUACAGCAGCGAUACAGUAUGUUCAGUACCCAGAUUCAAAGAAUGUCUAUUUCUAUUAAGAUUGUAAAAUGUAAGACAGAGUUAAAUGUGCUUUGUGUAAUAUUUUGUCCCGUAUGAAGGACAGCUGGCCUUCUGCCACUUCCCACAUAAAUCGUCAUGUUGGCAAAUUUACGUUUUGAUCCAAAUUUGGAUUACAUUCACAAACUAAAUUCUCUUGAUUGUAAACCUCAAAAGCUAAAUAUAUGGAGGAUUUAGGCUGCGGUUCGUCAAAACAAAAAACUGACACAGUGUUUGACGUCACGUUGGCACUCAAAGAAUAAAGAGAAUAGAAACGUAUGUUAUCGCUUAUCUAUAUCGUAUUUAAGGAUUGAAAAAUUUAAAUUUAAUUUCUUACUGUAAUUAAUUUCUUAAGUGACCUUACUGACAUCAUUUUUUGUCCAUGCACACAGGUUCAGUGUGAGCUGCUGUCCUCAGUGAUGCUCGUUCCCCCUCCUGAUAUGAUACGCUUUGUACAUUUUGUACAUAGUUUUCCAGUUGCUGUUGUUUUCAUUUUGUUUUUAUCUUUUUUUUUUUUUAUCCUGUAUGAGAUGUACAAAUAUAAUUCUUUGCUAAUAUAUAUCAUCAAAUUAGGAAAAAAAAUCUUAGGUUGGAUAUAAAAUCAAGUGACAAAUUUGAAUCAGAAAUUGCAUUAAGCAUUAGCUGUAGGGAGACUCUAAGUUGAUGUUUUGGGUUUUUUUUUUUGUUUUUUUUUUUUAAUUUUUCUUUCAUACUGAUUUGUUUGUGUCAAGUGAAUCCAGAUUAAAUGUGGUGUGAACAAUGUUUAGCAGUGGCCUAUGGACAGCUUUAAGAUGAACGGUCUCCACUUCACUGCACAGCCCUACACAGUGGUGUUUUAUGCUUCAGUUUUUGUUUUGUUUUUUGUAAGACUUUUAAAAGAGGGAUUGUAGGUGUUCUUUCCGAUGGUGCUAAACAUUUUAUCUAAUCAAGAAAAAUAUAUUUGGUUGGAAGAGAAAUAAACAUGUCUUGACAAUGACUGUUUUAAGUUCCUUGUAGUAAUGGAAAAGAACUAUUAUUUCACUCAUAUAAAUAUAUUAACAAAGGCAUUUUAACUUUGUACUUGAAAAAAAAAAAAGGAUAACAAAUAAUGAAAGGUUUCCUAUAUUGUUUUAGACUAGAGAUUGCUGUAGUUGGUGCUUAUUUGUGGGAAAAUCGUGUGAGAAAAAAAAAAAAAAAAACGGUAAUAACUUUUACUGUAGCAUAAUGUAUGCUUAAUACGCAUUGCUUCUUAAUCCUACAUUCCAUGAAAUGAUAUUCUCCAUGUCUGUUUUCGGAUGUUGUUUUGAACCGGUUCUUUUUUCAUUUGUUUUUAAAUUCAGAGACAAUAUUUCAUUUUACUGUUCAAGCAGGUCAAUCCUAUAUUCAGUGAUACUGUUGACACUCUGUGUGACUUUGUUUCUAUCAUAACUGUUAAUGGCCUAACUGCUUUUUCAUCAAGACCAGUUCGUACAGCAAAUGUAGCAGUCAUUCUCCACUUUGACAGCCCCCCCACCCCACCCCCCCAUACUUAUGUUUAGUGUCCAGAGAGAAGAUAAAGGCUCUGUAUGUACUUGUGCUGGAGAACACUUGAAUAAAUGUAUUGUUUUUGUGCAAAGA